GGUGACAGGGUGGUGACUUGUGACAGAAUGACGAUGACCAGUGACAGUGACAUUACUUGACAUUUGACUGACUGGAUUUUUGUAAGCUGAGGGGGAAUCAGCGGUGAUAGCCUGGAGAGCCGCACGGAGGACCCUCAGUUCCCAGCUGCCAGCGCGCUGCGGCAGUCGCCGCUGCUGCAGCAUUGCCCCCUGCGGGGCGCGCCCAAGUGCCCACCUGCUUCUAAGAGGUACCGAACACAUGAUGGCACCUGCAACAAUGUGAACCGCCCAAGAUGGGGUUCCACUAUGACUCCCGUCCAGCGCUUCCUUCCCCCGUCUUACUCCGAUGGCAUCCAAGCGCCUCGCCGUUCGGUUUUCGGCUCAGCUCUACCCUCAGCCAGGGAGAUCAGCUCCACUGUCCAUGAAGACCAGCAUGUGGAAACCCCGGGUAUAACGCAUCUGCUGAUGCAGUGGGGGCAGUUCUUGGACCAUGAUGUGACGUCGUCGUCGCAGUCGCGAGGGUUCAACGGCUCGGUACCGCGGUGCUGUAAAGAUGGUGGGCGGGACUUCGUUCCUCGAGAGUUCUUGCACCCCGAAUGCAUGCCCAUCGAAGUUCCCCCCUCCGAUCCAUUCUAUGGCCCAAAGGGAGUGAGAUGCCUGGACUUUGUCCGGUCCUCCCCCGCGCCCCGCGACGACUGUGCCCUGGGCUGGCGUGAGCAGAUGAACCAGGUGUCGGCUUAUAUCGACGGGUCGCCGCUCUACGCCAGCUCGGCGCGACAGUCAGACAAGCUGAGGCUGUUUAGAAACGGAAUGUUGCAGUACGGACGCGUUCAGAACCGGCGUCCAUUGCUUCCCCCCGAGAGACGAGACGAGCUCUGCCGCGGCGGAGCCGUCUCUUCAGACUGCUUCAAGUCAGGAGACGCCAGGGUCAACGAGCAUCCAGGACUGGUCGCCGCCCACAUUGUGUGGCUUAGGCAGCAUAAUAGGAUGGCGCAAGAACUGGCGCAUCUAAACCCUCACUGGAGCGAUGAGAAAGUGUACCAGGAGACGCGGAAGAUUGUCGGCGCGAUGAUCCAGCAUAUCACCUACAGAGAAUUCCUGCCAAUCGUAUUAGGUCAAGAAGUGAUGCGUCUGUUCGACCUGGAGCCCUUAAAGAAGGGCUACUACAAGGGAUACAGCCCAAAAAUCAACCCAAGUCCUGCAAGCUCAUUCGGCUCGGCUGCCUUUCGGUUCGGUCAUAGCCUAGUGCAGCCAUCCAUGGUACGAUACGACCGGUUUCACAGGCCUAUGCAAAACAACGUCUCUCUCCACGACGAACUCACCAACCCCUCCAACAUCUGGAGCAUGGGCGCCGUUGACCGCCUCCUCCUCGGCAUGGUGAACCAGCCAAUCCAGAAACGCGACGAGUUCAUCACAGAAGAACUGACCAACCACCUUUUCCAAACGCCCUCCUUCGACUUCGGAAUGGAUCUGGCCGCUAUCAAUAUUCAGAGGGGGAGAGACCACGGAAUCGCACCUUAUACAGCUUGGCGGGAGCCGUGCGGACUGUCGCCGAUAAAUGAGUUUGAGGACUUGUUUAGAGUGAUGUCGCCGCGUGCUGUGAGGAGAUUGCAGAGUUUAUACAGGCACGUGGAUGACAUUGACCUGUUUACAGCAGGCAUGUCUGAGAGGCCAGUGGUGGGUGGGUUGGUGGGCCCUACAUUUUCCUGCGUUAUCGCUCAACAGUUCUCGAAUCUUCGGAAAGGAGAUCGCUUCUGGUAUGAGAACGGAGGGUUCGAAUCGUCUUUAACACCGGCACAAUUACAGCAGAUACGUAGGAUAUCGUUUGCCCAAAUCCUGUGUCGUACCCUUGACACUAUAGACAGCAUUCAACCUUUCGUAUUCCUUUCUGCAGACAAUACUGACAACGAUCGGAUAUCCUGCCUUAACAGCUUACUGAACAACUUUGAUUUAUCGCCAUGGACUGACGUUAACUCAAGCAAUGAUAUUAGUAAAUCAGACGAUGUAAGCACUGAGCGACCAAAGAGAAAGACUACUACAACUACCAAACGAUCUACAACAAAACAGUCUACCACAAAAAAGCCUCAAAAAUUGACUGCUACUAGUAAAACUCCUCAAAAGAAACCAGUACCUGUUGCAAAUAAUACUCAUAAUGCGGCUAGACCGAAACCUACACAUAGACAAAAUAAAACUGACAGCAUUAAUGACACAAACUCAACAUUGACUGACAAAGAUGUGAUAACGACAACUGAACAGGCUGUACAAAAGAUAGACGACAAACUUGACUUUAAAAACAAAAGUCGACGAUAUGAACAAGCUGACGCGCGACGCAAUAAACCUACAAAACAAUACGGGCAUGACUAUGACGAUGACGAGGAAGUACAUAGUGUACAAUCUGUAGUUAUAAAUAACUUACAACAUAAGCGACCCUACAACAGGCCAGUAAUAGCUGUGACUGAAAACGUUGAUAAGUAUACUUACUUAAUAAAUUAUGUGCCUAGACCCACACAGUCUUGGCGAGACACGACCAGAAGAACGACGACAAGACGACCAACAACAAGACGGCCGCACGACAGGGAUGUAGUGAAAGUGACUUAUCAGACUUAUGACGACACUUACGGUCGACCCAACAAACCAUAUUACUACAACAGAUACGAUGACAGACAUGACAAUUACAAUAGACAAGACGACAGAAAUAACAACUAUGACAAACAAGACAACAAUAAUGACAAUUACGAUAGACAAGACGAUAAAAAGGACGAUUACAAUAUUAGCCUUGAAGGUAAAAAGGAGACUUAUAACUACAGACAAAACAGACCUAAUACGAACGACAAUAAUUUCUCUUCUGCUAGAUCAAAUGACAAAUUACAGACAUCUACCACAAAAACUGACGCAACUCUUGACAAAAUCUCCGUUACUGAUAAUUUUAAACUGACGACUGUAAAUCCAUACAAGUUAGUAACAUUUGGUUACGUAGGUACAUACAAAGGUGACAUGACAAAUGACAAAGAGACAAAAACUGACUCUACUGAGACAAUUAGACACGAAGUAAUAAGUAAAGACUUCUCGACAUAUGAAGACGACAGACUAGAUACGGACGAAAAGAAAAACAUGAAACUGUCGACAUUUUUCCAUUACGAGACAGCAACUAAACCUUACAACAAUUUGAGACCGACAAGACGUUACGACGAGGAUCAAAUACCUGACUACUCAAAGACGAACAGCAAAUAUUACUUCGUUAGGAACGUUUUACGAAAAUAUCCAGACUCUACUUUGACAGACGAAGCUGCUGACGAGACUAAAAAGAAGGAAAUAUUAAAAGAAAACUAUAACAGCCCAGGGCAACCAGUGCCUGUGAUGAUAGAGGAAAGAUCGGCGGCUGACAAACUGGCUCUGCUAGAAGAGGCAGAGGAAAAGUCGGCGAUCCCAGAUCUGGAGAGCCUAAGGGUGAAGAUCGCCAAGCCGUCAAGUCCGGCUAAGACACCGUCGGUGGCUUUCCAAGUGAUACCCAGUGAAAACAAUCCGUCUCAAUGGGCGACAUAUGAAGAGAAAGACUUGCCCGAAGGUCUGCCGCACCGCAUGCCACCGAUGAAAAUCGACCCGUCCGCAUUAAAAGAAAUCCCCAGACCUUUCAACUUCGGGAACUUAAGAAGGCGACGUCCAGGAAAGAAACACUAAGCCAAACUUUACCUUAUUACCCCUUUAUUCUUAAACUUUACAAGCCUCUAUUAGA